CUCCGGAGAGGAGGGCCCCACCGCUCCCCAAGACGCCGCCAUGAAGACAGUCCUGCUGCUCCUCAUCGUCCUGGCUGCGGCCCUGCGCCCAGCCCGGGCUCUCCGCUGCCACGUGUGCGCCAGUUCCACCAACUGUAAGAAGCCACAGAGCUGCUCGGCCAGCGCGCGCUACUGCCGGACCGUGACCAACGUGGAGCACCUGUCGGGGAACCUGGUGGAGAAGGACUGCGCGGAGACGUGCCGGCCCACCUACCCGCAGCCCGGCCAGGUCAGCAGCGGCGUGGCCACCACCCAGUGCUGCCAGGACGACCUGUGCAACGAAAGGCUCGUGAACGGCGCCCCCGGCCGCCCCCUGCUGGCCGGCGCCGCGCUGGGCCUGGGGCUGGCGCUGGGCCUCCUGGCCCUCACCGUGGGCCCCAGCCUCUGAGCCGCGGGCCAGGCCUCCAUUCCUUUCCGGGCGCUCCCACGCCCCCUCCCCCGCCCCCGCCGUGAUGGUGCGGGCCUGGGCAGGCCCUUCCUCGGAGGCUCUGGGGCCGGGCCCGCGGCAGGAGAGCGCCCUCCCACACGAGAGCCCCGGGCCCUGGCAGGGGGGCACGCGGACCCCCUGACUUCUCGUCCAUUCCACUUGGUUCCCUUCGAUUUUUCUACUGAAACGCCAUCGGAAUAAACGCUUGGAAACCGU